UUUCCUGUCUGGCUUUAGUUCUAUUAUUUAAUAAUUCCACAUUUUAAUAUUUUUUUUAAACGCAGCUAUGAUUUCAAUUAUUCGUCGCACAGUUAAGCCUAUUUUUGUGAGAUGUUACACAACUAAUUUUACACAGCCCACCGAGGUUCGCAUAGUCGAAGUCGGUCCACGGGAUGGUCUUCAGAAUGAGCCUACUAUCUUACCGGCGGCCACUAAAAUCGAACUGAUCAAUGCCCUCUCGGAGACGGGUCUGCGCUCGAUAGAAGUCACUAGCUUCGUCAGUGCUAAGUGGGUUCCACAAAUGGGCGAUAAUACCGAAGUGUUCAAGGGUAUCAACAAGCUUCCCGGUAUUAGCUACCCUGUGCUCACACCCAAUUUGAAGGGUUUCGAAGCUGCGCUUACUGCUGGCGCCGAAGAAGUCGCCGUCUUUGGAGCUGCUUCCGAGAGUUUCACAAAGAAGAAUGUAAACUGUACGAUCGCUGAGAGUUUGAAUCGCUUCCAGGAUGUUAUGGAUGCCGCUAAAAAGGCGCAGGUUAAAGUGCGAGGAUACGUAUCAACCGUUGUUGGAUGUCCAUACGAAGGAAAAAUUAAGCCAUCUGCUGUGGUUCGUGUAGUCGAUAAACUCCUAGAGAUGGGAUGUUAUGAAAUUUCACUCGGCGAUACCAUUGGCGUAGGAACACCAGGCACAUUCUCCGAAAUGCUCCGUGAAGUCACUAAAAUUGCUCCUAUCAACAUGUUGGCCGUUCAUUGUCAUGAUACUUACGGGCAAGCACUGCCAAACAUACUCACUUCGCUGGACUUUGGAAUUGCCGUCGUGGAUGCGUCGGUGUCCGGCUUGGGUGGAUGUCCGUAUGCACGAGGUGCAUCGGGUAAUGCGGCCACGGAGGAUGUAGUCUACAUGCUGCAUGGACUCGGCAUCGAAACCGGUAUCGAUUUGCCAAAGCUAGUCAAUGUUGGCAAGUACAUUUGCGAGAAGCUUGGACGGCAAUCCGAGUCAAAAGUUAAUCGUGCUAUGAGAAAAACUAAUCUCAAUGCUCAACUCUAAAAUUGGACUGAUGUGUUCAAUCAAUUAGCCAUAUGCCACUUACGGGUACUGUCAGAAAUUUGUGCAUUUAUUUUAUUUAAGAAUGUAUAUCUUCGGUAAUCACUAUUGUCAAGGUGGCAACUACCUGGGACAUAUAACAUCAUCAGGGAAUUUAUAAAGACCUGAAAAGAUCUUGGAAUUGACAGGGAGUGUUGCCACCCGUUAGGGAAUAAUAAAAAAAAAGUUAUUUUUAAAUUAGUUGAAGAUAACAAAGCAUUAACGAAUUGUUUAUAAACCAUAAUAAUUAUGAUGGGCAUCGGGAAGAAAGUUCGAGAUUUUAUAGA